AGGUCCACUUUUCGUGAAACACAAACACCACUUGGAAAUACCUACAUUUUCCAACGUUGAACGUCAAUGCAAGGACACGAGGUGCUGCUUACUGCGAGAUGAAGUGUGACAAGUACCAAAGAAGGCUGAAUUUAGAGUAGCAAAGUGCAGCCAGAGUCGUGCCCCGGUUUGAUGAGCAGUAACAUACUGUAGAGGUACAUCAACGGGUAAGUAAUACAACCCUGCUCUGAGUUGCAGCAUUAAACGCCUACUUUUGUGGUCUCUUACCACUUCUGCUGUCCGCCUUGAUUCCUGCGAAAAAUCAAUUAUCAAACCCAUUCAAAAUAACUUUGCUAUCAUGACCACGGUGCAGAUUAGAUUUGAGCCCAACUACAUGGCGGAUCCGACACCGAGUCUGGGGCCAGCGCCCCAGACGGAUGAAGAGGCGGUCCCGGAGGACCCACCUUCAUUAAGGAAGGUCGUGGCAAAAAACCUGGAGCUGGUAUGAUAUACAGUUGGAUGAAUGAGAAUGCAAAGUCAAAGUGGUGUAGAAAUAUUUUUUGAAAAUUUCUGUAUACGUUUUUCACGUAAGAAUAUUGCGUGUAGCCUAGCUAGUUGGUUCUUCUGGUAGAAGUUCUAGUCGCUCUAAGCUUCAACACGGUCGUUAUUUUUCAUUUCUUCUUCACAUACACCUUUCCACUUUUUCUUUUCCACCAAAAACGAACAGUUUCUCGCCUUCCUCAUAGAUCCGGUGUACGCGCCAAAGAAAGGAAGGGAAAAGGUCGUCCUAUACCGAGACUGGCACAACGUGAAAAAUCUCUCCGUCGUCAGCAAGAGCCUCCACAUCGUGAUAUCAAAACACAUGCUGCUGCAAAGGACAGAGCUGGUAUAGUAAUUUCUACUUCUAGUUCUAGUAGUAGUACAGUAGGAAAUGAGGCAUGUUUUGUUCUUUCUUCAUGGACUUUUCUUUUGUGCUGGUGAACUACAAUCAUAUUGUUGCGACACGACCACGACGUCCUUGGUUUCUCGUGAAAAUUUGAACAGUAUGCUGAAACUGAAAGUGUUGAAAGCAGAAACACAAAAAUCCAAUCCACAGAUGAUAAAACACCGGGAGAACGAGCGGGACUUGAGGACGGAGGUUGGACGCUUUUGGAAGGACCAGUGGUCAAGAAUGCAGGAGGUGGCGGAGAAAAACCGAGAACUCCGGUUCGCGCCGAUGGAAGCCGAGAAGGCUGCGCAGGCCGAGGCCGCCGCGCAGGCACAGGCGACCAUGGUUUCAGAGGUAAAAAACAAUAAAUUUGGAGGCGGCCUGCCCCCAGGUUCGUUCGAUCCCAGCAGUUUUCUCCCCUCCCCGACUGAAAUACCCAACCAAGACGUGGUCUUCCGGAGCGAUGAAAGAGAGACUGAGCAAUUAUCACGAGCGACGGCACAGAGCCGAACCACUGCGGCGCCGGGGGAGCAACAGGAGCAAGGAAUCACGGAGGAUUUGGAGCAGGUUUUGGCGAUUCACCAAAAGCAGAUCGCGGAAUUACUUGCCCGGCAGCAGGAGAUUGUGCAGCGGCAGCUUUUGUCGGAAAACGCGGAUGCAUUGUCGACGUCUCCGCGCACCAACGCCGCGUUUUUUGAUCUCUACGCCGGCAUCAGUAUGGUCGAGGCUGGGAACCGGCCCUCAUCCAAGCAAAGCUCGCAGAUGAUGAAUUUAGGCCGGGUCUCCGUCGGUCUGACACCGAGAAUAGAAGUCAUGGGGGCCAAUGGGGAACAAACGAGCAUCGUGUUUGAAAGUAAAUAUGGUAGUAACACGACCGCAGCAGGUAACACAACAGUGCAUGAUCAAGCAAAGAACCCGCCUCCAACAACAAGUGACUUUGAAAAUUCGCUGGAAGACAGGCUGGACACAGACCGGGCUCGGGACCAGACGUGGCAGGAGCUUUUGGCCAUAUCCGGCUAUGUGGAGUACCAGCAGGAGAUGCAGAGAGAGCGCCUCGCGAGAGACGAGACCGAGCGAUAUUUCGAGGGGGUAAAGCACGAGGUGCAGGAGAUAGAAAACACUUUGUACAAUAAAUCCCAACACCCACAGCUCGCGAACGAAACCCUAGUCAAGCCAAUACCGGUGGACGAAGCCAACGCCACCCUGAAGGUAUCCACAGUAAAUUUCCCGUACACGUACAAAUGUGGUUUCUGCAUGACAAAACUUGCCUCCAAUCCUAGUGCAGCAUGACAAGCUGGGCUCUGCAAGGUAGCGAAAUUUGUCAUGCAUUUUGUACAUGUACAGGAAAUUUACAUUGCAUAGAAGGAGCUAGGAAACUACAGCAGCGAGGCAAUCGGCAGCUCGGCAAAGCGCGAAAUCAUCAAUCUGAAGUCUGCGUUCGCGCAGUUCUUCACGGCAUGGUACCUUUUUGAUGUUGUGACUACCGCUUGAUGAUCACAUUUUUGAUAAUGAUUUGCAAGAAGAAAAAGAUAAAAAUAAUCCGCUUCGUUUAUUUUCCGAUAUUUCUGCUCUGGAGCUGCUUCUAGUAGUUCUAAGUGGUCUAAUAAUCGCGAUCGAAGCACUGCACAACAACUGCUGAAAUGCUUUCUUUGGAAACUUCACUAUGUACCAGGUCGAAGGCAGCGGAGAUCGCCCCAAUAGUGAACCAGGAAGACGAUUUCCGAAAGCACGUGCUGGCCAUGAGUGCAGUGCCGAAAGACUGGAGCGCCAAGGAUUGGGCCAAGCAAGCUGUGCACGCCAUGACCGAGCGCGCCGACGGGAGCGACAUCGAAUGAGGCUGAGAUGACUCGCAGCUACAGCUCCGGCACGGUCAUGAAGGCUAAUACGGUUACUUAGGACUUUUUCUUCUAUCAGAUUCAUCACAUCUAUACACAUUCAAGCCAAAAAAAGAAAACACAUCGAAGCUGCAGGUUCGCUGCAUCGUUUACGAUUAAUAGAAGCCAAGAAAAACUUGUAUGAUCUUGUCGUUUCGGUUUCCGAAGCUGCAAAUGGAACAACAAUGUCGAGUGAUAAUGCACAACUUCUCAACACGGAGGCGGGCCCCCCGACCGUUUCCCUUGUAUAGAGCUUCUCCAAAGAACCCCUUGAUCAUGGCCAUGAUCACGAGUUGAAACCUUCGAACUACAAAUGGUUUCACAACUGCCCCCAGCUGUACAAAGUUUGAUGAAAAAGAUUUGACGCAGGAGCUUCCUCACAUCGGGCUAGAUUUUUGAGAGUUUGAGUUCUAUUUGUCGUGGUGGUUCGACUUCGAGUUCGAUGUACCUAUGUCAAAGAACAUUCCAGUGUUUCGAAUGUGUGUGAUCUCGAUUUGUUGUGUCCGAAGUUGUUUCGUGUUGAGGAAGCGAAGUCAGGUGUGUGGUGAGAGCAGUAUUGGAUUUGGAAAUCCC